AUGGCAGUAGAUUGGGGAAAUUUAGAAGUUAUUUCUCUAAAUUUGAUUUUUGACAAGUUGUCAGAGCGUAUCGAUCAAAUCUAUUUCAGUGCAGUAUGUAAGUAUUGGUAUUAUAUUGCAAAGGUUAAUCAUCAACAUCGAAAAACAAAAAAUAAUGCAUUGCCAAUGCUAAUGAUUCCCCAAAAGAAUAAGUGUAGAACAAAGAGAAGUUUGUAUGGGCUUUCAUCGAACACAAUAUACCCUCUCCAACUACAAGUACCUUAUAAUAGGAGAUUGUGUGGCUCUAGUCAUGGUUGGUUGGCAAAAGUCGAAUCCUCCAAAAAUAUUGUCAUAACCCUACUGAAUCCUUUCCAAAACCUAGCUCCCAUUCCUCUACCUCCUAUCUACAUGUUGAAUAUAGAUAGAAGGAGAGAAAACUAUGAAUGUAAUGUGCACAAAGUUAUUUUAUCUACCAAUCCUACAACUAGGCCACAUGAUUAUAUCACAGUAGCAAUCUAUAGCAUGCGUAAAUGUCUUGCUUUUAUAAAAGCCGGACAAAAGUUGUGGACAUAUAUUGAUUGUGAACAUUUUUGUUUUACGGAUGUUAUAUUCUAUAAAGGUCUAGUCUAUGCCGUGGGACGGUGGAAUAACAUUAUCUCUCUCGAUCUUUGUUGUCCAGGGAACGCGAAUGUCAUUCCCAAUGUUGUUUCUUCGCGUGGAGAUGUUUAUGCUCAUCGAGCGUAUCUUGUAGAAUCUUUGGAGGGUGACUUAUGGCUUAUAAGAAAAUUUAUUAGUUAUCCUCCUCAUGAUUUUGUCGAUGAAAAUAGAAACAACCAUAGUAAUGGUACAAAAAGAUUUGAAGUGUAUAAGUUGGAAUUGGAUCUUCAAAGUGGUAAGCUUAAACAAAUGGUGAAACUUGAUAGUUUGGGAGACAAUGUUGUAUUUGUUGGAGACAGUGAUUCUGUAUCUUUCUCAGCUUCAUAUUUCUCUAAUCAUCUACAAAAGGAUUCAAUAUAUUACUCUGAUGAUUUCUAUGACGACAUGCCAUUUCCUUAUCCUAAUGGGGCAUUUAACAUGGGAAUCUAUAAUGUAAAAGAUGGAAGUUUUAGUCAACAUUGCCCUUUUCAUCAUUGGUUCAAACGAAUGCCACCAGCAAUAUGGGUUCUUCCACCAAAUAAAUGGGAUUGA